GUUUCACCUCUAUGAAUGAAAAAAGGUCGUUUUAUUUUUUUUUCUGAUAAGGUGGCGAGUCAUAACAGGGAAGUUCGUGUCACUCAAAGGACUUUGUCAACAUUUCUCGUCCUACAGAUGAGUAUCCCGACGAAGAUCGUCCAUGGACUUCAGAUGGCUUGUUGCCUGUGCAUCCUGGUCUUGCUGAUCCAUGCAGGCGACCGAGGAUCUGACUACUUCGCUGCUUCACCAGAAGUCACCUUCUUGCUCUUGAUCGCCGUUUCCCACCUGUUGUUCAGUGUCUGUCUCCUGAUUUCAGAAAUCACUUCUCCCUCUUCCACUGACAUCUAUGAAACACCGUUGAUUUAUCUGAAAGUUCCCCUAUUCUUUAUUCUUCUGAUGGUGGCGGGCGUGGCAGCCAUUUUAGAAGCUAAGAAACUCGAAUCUCGGGAAGAAAAAGAAAUUGGAGUCGCAGGAGGAAUUGCUGUGUUCGCUGCCUUUUCAUCCUUCUUCGGCUGUUACACCAACGUCAGCGGAUGCAGAAACGUAAAGAUGUUUUCAUCAGCUGAGACAUGAUUUCAAGCAAAAUGGCUAAAGAACAUUACCUGUUGGUUUGUGCGCGAAUGCAAUAUCUGCUCUGACUAUCAUGUGCAAAAAUUAGAAAUUUAUUAGUGGCAGCAAUAUGAUUACAACUGAAAUAAUAUUGGCACUGGCCUGAAAUGUUUUUUAGUCUUUUAAUGCAGUUACCAGUGUUCACAUCUUUUUUUCACGAUUGUAGAAUAUUUAGCAACUAGUUCGGACGAAAUGGUUUGUAAGUUUAAAAAUCUCGGAUACUAGUUUGAUAGCGAAGAUCACAAAAUGAUUGUUUUUGGAUAACCAUCAUUAGAAUUGUCACGAUUAAAGGAGCUUACAUUCAAAGAGGACAGAAAAUGGAAGAAUAAAACCCAACACCGACGAGAAAAUAAAUCAUUCAUAUAUUACGCCAUUCUGACAACAGAACUUUCCACCUCAUUUUAAUUAUUCCACGACUUCCAUAUCGUUAGGAGCAAGUUAUAUAGAAGUUCAUGAAUACAUUGAAGAUCUAUGAACCCUUGGCAUACGAAUUUACUUCACUUCCUACGUAGGUGACACAUCCCAUUUGGGACAAUUUUAUUAUUUUAAUUCCAGUAAGGAUAUAGGAACAUUUGAGAUAAUGAUGCGUUUUUAAGAGGUUUUUUUUUGCAUUUUAUAUUACUUAAUACUGUCACUUAGUUGCGGAUAAAAAAAAUUAAAAAUUCUGUCAUUCGAUGUGCGAGUCAGACUCGUCCUCAUAUGCGAAAGAUUUAAAGUUUCAAUCUAUAAUCUCUGUUAUAUCGAUGGUGCAUGUAUGUAUGUCACUAUAAGUAUUUUAAUCAUGAUGUUUUUACAAUGCAUUUUCUAAGAUAUAUUUUUGUUUCUUGAUCCUAUUUCCUUCAUGAUUUUUAUCUUUAUAACAAAUGUCAUUUUGAUCACAAGUUUUAAUAAACUGUGAUAUACUUUAUUGAAUUAAAUUGUCAUAAAACUUUACUAAAGUUGUCAAAUAAAUUUUUUAAAAUAAGAUACCAUUUAAAAAUAUUUAAAAAAUAAAUGAAUAUCCCUCUUUGAAAUUAAAAUUUCUUUAAAUACUUAUUAUCAGCUGAUGAAUAAUCAGCUUACGAAUUGAAAAGUGCUCAUUCAUCCACUUUCGAUAUUUAGUCGAAGAAAUAUGUAUUCAAUACUUAAAAAAAAAAAAAAAAAAAAAAAAAAAAAAACUAUACAGAUGUACACAGAAGUAGUAAAAAGAUUGUUUUGUAUAUGAAAUACACAAAAGGAAAUUAUUGCAUUGCCCCUCCCCCCAAACUUGUUAUUCAGAAUAUGUUGAAUUUCCGCGUUUCUGACCUUCCUCAUUGUGAAGAAACGAACUUUCAGUAUUAUCCUUGUAUACUGACCGUUUCGAGAAGGGGGGGGGGAGCACCUCGCCAUCGAGGAUAAGAAGCUUCUCGAAAUCCUUGUGGGUACACGAAAAGGUGGGGUCUGGCUCCUCCCAUCGAUGACGGGCCUUUGGGAAAGGUUGUACUAUGGCUCUAAGGACUCAACUACAGUUCCGACCAAGUGUUGCUGUGGCAGCGGUCAGGUCAUUCGAGUUUUUUCGCGUACCUUCCGGCGUGUGGGGGCAGUCAGUUUGUGAUAUCCUUGCAUACUGUGAAAGGGGGCUGCGUGAGGAAGGAUAAAAGUCUUCCAAUAGAGUGACUUAUUCUCGCUUCCGUGAGGGAGUUCGAGUUACCUUCCUUCCGAUUCUGAAUCCUGUCUCUGUAUGAGGAGCGGCCGUGCAUUAGUCACUAGUUAUGAGAACUGCAACAAUUCACCACAGUGUCGUUUUAAAUUCCAAGCUGACUGAAUCAAUGAUCACACAACUAUCAAAACAACAGUAGCCUGCUCUUUUUAUACAUACAUGGUUUUGAUGUGAUGAAUAAACAUCAAAACCAUAACAUAACACGAUAUUUUCUUUUAUAAAAAAAACAAGAAAAGCAUGGAACAGUUUUCACAGAAUAAUAAUGAUAAUUGAAGAAAGCUAUAUUAGUGAAGUACAAGCUACAUAGUGAUUUAGUGGUUUAAAUACUGGUAUCGAUAAGGGCGUUACAACUUUAUUUGCGACCUUGAAGUCCUAGAGUUUUCCACCUGAUGGUGCUGUGGGCCUCUCAUAGAUUCUGUUUAUAUUGAGACAAUCUCCAUUUCUAUUGUGUGAUGUGUCUAGUUGUGUUGCUUUCGUCUUGUUCCUGUGUAAAUGUGCUUCUGAAAUAAAGUGUGGAAAAUCCACUCGUUGCCUCCAUUUCCUUUCUGACAAGUAAAAGUUUUUUGAAUGAUCUAUUUGCUAAGUGAAAUAUAAACGCGGAUUUGAAUUGAAGUCUAAUCAAAGGGUCUACAGGUUCUUCAAUACAAUUCGGGUUGGUCGGCUGUACGCAAGAAGAAGGUUCUUCAAUACAGAAACUUGCUCUUGAGAGCUGUUUAACCGUUUCGCCGUCCUCUCCUGUCCGCGAAAAUUUUUGUUUCCUUUUUGUUUUUGUCGCAUUAGAACAAAAAAAAAAAAAAAAAAACUCAAACAA